AUGCCAUCAGACGACUUCGUAACCCCUCCAGCUGUCAAGAAGAGCAGCUUACACACGAUUUGGCGCACCGCAGCAGAAAAAAUUGCUGCUGCCGAUUUUCUACUGAUCGCAACAGGCGCAGGGUUCUCUGCUGAUUCGUCCUUGCCCGUUUACGCGGACAUUGCCAAAGUGGACGCUUACGAUAAAAUGGGCGUCGAAUACCAUGAUCUCUGUGAUCCGUACAUGCUCGAGCAGGACGAGGACGUUUUCUAUGGGUUUUGGGGCAGUUGUACGAAUUCGUAUCGAGAUACAAAGCACCAUCGAGGAUACGAGAUAUUGCUCAAGUGGAAAGACGCUGUUCGAACGAAAGGAGAUGCUGACCAAAACAGCAACAUGGCUGCAAAAAGAGCCAAGUUCCGAGCAGCUUUUGACCAAUUGAAACAGUGUGGGGCUCUUCCUUCUGGCGUGACGAUCGAGUCUGUGACAAACGACCCCUUCUUUGUCUACACGUCCAAUGUUGACUCGCAUUGGACUCGAGAUUUUGACACUGAGGAAGUUUAUGAGCUACACGGCAGUGUGGAGACGUGGCAGUGUGCUGGGGAUGUCGAGACGAACGCUCGAGAGCCAUGUAAAAAGACCUGGAUGCUGCCUGUAGACUUUCGCUUUGAUCUGGAUAUGACGACGAUGAGAGCGCCUGGCGCGGGGGCAACAACGUGUCCUGAAUGUGGGGGCAAAGGACGUCCGAACGUACUAAUGUUUCACGAUCGACAAUGGAUCGCCAAUACCUCGGAAGAGAACGGCUACAUUGCAUGGGAAUCAGUGAUGGAGCUGAUGCUCCAAGAAGACCCUAUGCUCAAUCUGGUUGUGCUCGAAAUAGGCUGCGGAACACGGGUUCCAUCUGUCCGAAGAGAAACUGAAAUGGUCGUUGCCGAUGUGAUUGAGGGCUGCGGUCGUCCGCAAGCGACACUCAUCCGAGUCAACCCUGACAAUUUUUCUUGCACUAACCCGCUUAUUAUUGCGAAUAAGCGUUUCCUAUCUAUCCCAUCGAAAGGCCUAGAAGCUUUAGAAAGCAUUGAUCGAGAGCUUAGUAAUUUUCAGCUGAAAACCUGCGGAGUCAUCUAA